AUGAAAAUCAUUAUAAUAGGAGCUGGCCCUGUUGGACUUACUUGUUCCCAUCUGUUAGGUCUAUCAGGAAUAGAAAACGUUAUUCUUGAAAAACAAAAAAAAUUAAGUCAGCAUCCAAGUGCUCAUUUUCUACAUUCCAGGACUAUGGAAGUUUUUCGAGAUAUAGGGGUCUCUAAUUUAAUUUAUUCAAAAAUGCCAGAAAAUAAAUAUUGACGACAUAUUAAUUAUUGCUCAGAAAUUUUAGGCGAAACUUAUAGGCGACAUGAUCAUUUUUCAACUGAAAAUUAUAGGAAAAAUUCAAAAUUAUCAGAUAUGGAUGUUGCGCACUUAGCUCUGCACAAAUUGACUAAAAUUUUAUAUGAGAAUUUACCAUCAAAAUCAUCGAUGAUUUUCGAUAGAGAAUUAACUGAGUUAUCUCAAUCAGAAAAUGGUGUAAAAAUAAGGACCAAUCAAGGAGAUACUUAUGAAUGUGAUUAUUUAAUAGCAGCUGAUGGACAGUUCAGCACAGUGAGAAAUCUUUUAGGUAUAAAAAUGACUGGAUUUGGAUCAUGGCAAGACUUUAUUAAUAUUCAUUUCUUUUCAAAAGAACUAGGAAAACUAGCUAAAAGAUCCCCAGCGAUGGUGUUUUUUGUGCUAAGUCCUUAUGAUGCUGCAUCUGUUGUUAUGCAUGAUCCUGAUGAUGGAGAAUUUAACAUCCACUUACCUAUAUUUGGAAAAGGGUCCCAAUUUUACAGUGAAAAAGAAAUUAAAGAAAUAAUUAUUAGGAUGUCUGGGACUCCUCUUAAAGAUAUUGUAAUUAAAUCAACAUGAAACUAUAAAAUGAGUUCGACCUUAGCCAACUCUUUUUCCAAUAAAAGAGUAUUUCUUGUAGGAGAUUCAACACAUCAGAUGCCUAUGGCUGGAGGGUUUGGGGUAAAUUCUGGCAUAAAAGAUGCCCAUAAUUUAUGCUGGAAAUUUUCUUAUGAAAAAUUAUUAGAAACAUAUGGGGAAGAAAGGCAAAAUUUUGACAGAGAAAUUUUAAAAAUUGCAAGCGAAAACUUUGUAAAAUUAAUGAAAAUUGCUGAAGCUUCAGGACUAGAGAUUAGCGGGGUAGAAAAUUAUAAAAAAGCAGCUGACUAUUUACCAUUUGGGGAAAGUUUGUUUAAUUUUGCUUCAAAAAUGGGGCAGAGGUUUUUGUUUGAUCAAAAUAAAGCAAGAGCUCAUUUAGCUGAUGAGAGAAAUUUGUUAUGUUUGAUCAAUCCAAAGGGAGAUUUUGAAAUUUCAUAUAAAUCAGGAUUUUUUGAAAAUGGUGGUGAGCUUUCGCAGAAUAUUGAUAUCACGGAUAAAGAAUCAGCAAUUAAAAUAAGAAAACUGCUGGGUUUGUUAUGAAAAGAAAAUAAAAAGCCUACAUUUCUCCAGCUUACAGGAAGAGCUCAGCUGAAGAAUUUUCCAUAUGAAAUUUAUAAUGUUCCUUCUUGCAAUGACGAUUCCUAUAUAAUCAGACCAGAUGGCUAUAUUUAUUCUAUUUCCUAA